CUAUGGCGCGACUGGAAGAACUGGAGCAGCUGAAGAAGAGUCUCGGGGAAGAGGCUGAGCCGCCGGCGGAGCUAUUUCAGAAGAAGGUGGAAGCUUCCUUCUCUAAAACACUUCUGAGCCGAGGAAUGGAUAACCGAUACCUGGUAUUAACAGUCAAUAUUGUACAGAAGGAAGAAGGAACCCAUGAGAAACACCUAAUCAUCACUGCUUCCCAGUCACUAGAAAGUAAAGAACGGUGUAUCCUUAGGAAUGACUGGUGCUCGGUGCCGGUGGAGCCAGGGGACAUCAUUCAUUUGGAGGGAGACUGCCUAUCUGAUACUUGGAUAAUAGAUGAAGAUUUUGGAUAUUUGAUUCUAUACCCAGACAUGCUGAUUUCUGGCACAAGCAUAGCCAGUAGUAUUCGGUGUAUGAGAAGAGCUGUCCUGAGCGAAACUUUUAGGGUGAAUAAUAUUAACAGCUAAUGUUUCUACAGGGUU